AUGAGCACAGAUUUUUCACGUUUCAUUAAAACCUGCAUAUCAUCAGUAGCCACGAUAAUCCCCACUUAUGGCUUCAUCAUUGUUGGUUGUCUACUUGCGCUCAUUAACUUACCAGUUUUUGGAAUCGUUAUUUGGCAUCGGACUUUGAGGAUAAAUUAUAUCAUUUUAUCGUUGAUAUUUCUUCACAACGGAUUGACUGGCUUUACGUCGGUUAUCUAUGGUGUCAAAGCAUGGACAUAUGAUCCUGCUUUGGAUGAUCGCUAUGAUUCCAACAAAGAAUGCCUCUAUCAGGUGUGA